AUGUCUCAGUGGAUUCGAGGUCCCAUAUGUGGUGUAGAUAACUGCCGAAGCAGGCUCUAUCGGUCGACAGAUGGGAUGAAAAUAUGCCAGUAUGGCCAUGUAAUGGAAGGUAAUGUCGAGAUCAACGAUGAUCAGGACGAAAACUUCGUUUCGACACGGAGAUUGAAUCUCCAGUUGCAUAACGGAGGAUUUUCGAUAGCGCUGCAGAAUGUUGCAACGCGACAGGAAACUUCGAAGAAGGUUUACGGGACGAAUGGGAAAAUGUUGUAUUGGCGAUGCUUGCAAGUUCUCUUGAAGAAGCAGGUUGAGUUUUUCCAGGUGAUGUUCCCAUACGAUGCCGAAGAAUUGGUACUGGUGGUCAAGCUUUACUGGCUAAAGUAUAUGACCGUCAGAAUCAGUGAUGAUCCGCAUGCAAAGGUGCCCACUGCACUUGAUUUGAUUUCGGUUAUAUAUUUGGCUAUCUUCAAAUUGCGAGGGUACCCCAUAUAUGUGUGCGAUGUUAUUCAUGCCCUCAAAGAAAAUAAAAUCCCAUACAUGAAAUGUCUUCAUUUAAUACCGAGUUCGUAUUUGGAACAGCUUCCGUCGUAUUUUUUGAAAUGUUUGGAACCGUACAAAUUGCCUUUGACCAAUGAGCUCUACGAGGCUAUACUUGAGAAUGGUCUGAAAAUAUGCGGAGACGAAAAGAUCUUGGAUGUUCCGUUCAACUACUUUUAUCCGUUGAUAUUCAAAGUUCUUUCGGAGUUGCUUGUGUUUCCCAACGCUCCCAGCCUUUUUCAUAUCUGUAAUAACCUCGUAGAUAAAUUGGGCCAUAACUUUCAAAUCUCAUUCGACCACAAGACGGACAAAUUUCCUGAGCUUCAGGUUAUUUCGUAUGUCAUUAUAACCGUCAAGAUAUAUUUUAUUUACUAUAAUGGAAUGGGCUAUGCUAAAUGGCUUGAAACUUUAACAAAGUAUGAACUUAAUACAGAAUUCCAUUUUGCGAAUAACGAAGUCAAUGAUGACGAACUACUUAAUUGGUCUGAUUUCAAAAUAGAUAAGUACUGUCAAUGGCUUUACGAUAAUGUCGUGUCUGAAGAAAGCGAAGACGAUUUGUCUGUCAUGGACAAGAGAUUGUAUCAAAUCUUCAACCUUGAUGAUUCCUUGCAUUCUUCGGGUACGAGAAGAAAGCUUGAUAAUGAGCAGGACAAUGACCCUAUGUUUAUUCCACUAAGCCAAUAUCUAGAAGAUGUUGCGUCGAAUAAUGUUGGUUCAAAGAUCAAGACCAGUGAUGUCCGAAUAAUUGAGAAUAAGUUGUUUGAAAAAUUCACUAAAACAUUCGGUAUAUCCAAAAAAUUAUUAACAAGCUGCUAUGAUUCAGCUGAGCUUGAAAUUAAGCAAAAAUUAAUCAAGUAA